UGAUGUGAAAAGUUAAAAACACCACCAUUCUUAUGAGUGAAACUGCACGUUUGUUGUCUUGACUGCACCUGGAACACACCGACAUGCAGGUGGCUCCGGUUUGAAAAGAGGCCUGUGCACACCUGUUCCUAAUGAACCUCAACGAGCUCUGUCGGCUCAGGUUCUGGAUUUUCUAGGAGUUUGGACGUGUGGAAUUUGUUCCAACAAUGUUUUGUUGUUUCAGUAUACUGCCAGUGCCGCUGCAGGUAAUCUGCUUGGGAAUGUGCCCGCGCCAGGACAUUACAGAGGAGCAAAAAAAGGCUAAAGUCCAGAGCUCUAAAAUAGAACAAGACCUCUGUGAACAUGCCAGGGCUGAGAUGAAUGUGGUGAAAAUCCUCCUGCUGGGAACUGCAGAGAGUGGAAAGAGCACCCUGAUCAAACAGAUAAAAAUCAUUCACAGCAAUGGCUUCUCCAAACAAGAGCUCAUUAGUUUCAAGCCGGCUGUGCUGGACAACCUUCUGACCUCUAUGAAGUUUGUUCUUCGAGGAAUGGGGAUCCUGAGGAUAAACCUUAUUAACAAGAAGAACAAGAUUCACGCCCGUUCUAUCCUGGCCUGCAGCCAGUGUCUGGGGGAUGACCAAGAAUUGCUUCCUUUCGUGGCUCAUGCUUUCUAUGCGCUUUGGGCCGACCAAGGGGUGCGAGCGGCCGCAGCCAGAGGUCACGAGUUUGAGCUGAAUGACUCUGCACUCUAUUUCUUUGAAAACAUGAGUCGAAUCAUGGCUCCCAGCUACUGUCCCACUGAGGCGGAUGUUCUGAGAGUGAGAGUGAGGACCUGUGGAAUCAUUGAGACGCAGCUGCAAGUUGGUGAAAUGAUCUUUCAGUUGUAUGAUGUCGGGGGCCAAAGGAGUGAGAGGAGGAAGUGGCUCAGCUGCUUUGACUGUGUUCAGGCCGUGUUGUUUGUUAUGGCCCUCAGCAGCUAUGAUACGACACUAAUGGAGGACCCUUCGGUGAAUCGGCUGCAGGAAAGUCUUGAACUCUUUACAUCAGUCUGCACUAAUACGGUUUUUAAGAACGCCUCGCUGAUCUUGUUCAUGAACAAAACGGACCUCUUCCGGCAGAAGAUCCUACACUCUGGAAGGCACUUGAGAUUUUACCUUCCUAGUUAUAAAGGGGCAGACGUGGAUGUGGAUGCUGCAGCCCACCACAUCGCUGCUAUGUUCUCAGUAUGCAACAGAAAUCCUGACAAGCCCGUGUAUCACCACUUCACCACGGCCACAGACACGGCCAACAUACAGGUGGUCUUCCACAUGGUCAUGGAUCAGAUUAUCAAGCAGAACCUAGCAGCUAUCCAGCUGCUGUGAAAGUCUCCUGAAGACUGUUUUAGAUGGUUUGUAAUCAACUGUUUGUCUGAGUGCAAAUGUUUUAUCACUUAAAAUAAGUUGGUUAUAGCUUCUUUCAGUUGCACUUGCCUCUUUAUUUUUAUACAUUUUAAAUAAACUAUUUAUUGAUGAGCA